CGUGUUCCCAAAGUUUCCAAAGGGAAAACACCAGGAUUGGCUCAGUGAUGUGACUUUGGGGUUGUUUUUUUUUUUUUUUUCCAGCUGAGGAUCCCUCUGCACGUGCCACCCCAGGGGACACCCCAAAAUCCUGAGGCCACCCAGGGAAGCUCCAAGAUGAUCCCAAGGAGAGCCCAGAUCUCCUGUGCCGGAAUUGCCUUUGCCCUCUGCCUCCAGCACCUCGUCAGUGCCAUCGAGGUGCCCCUGGACUCAGUUAUCCAGAGUGAAUUGCCGCAGCCCCCCACAAUCACCAAGCAAUCCAUCAAGGAUUACAUUGUGGAUCCCAGGGAUAACAUCUUCAUCGAAUGCGAAGCCAAAGGCAAUCCCGUUCCCACCUUUUCCUGGACACGGAAUGGGAAGUUCUUCAAUGUGGCCAAGGAUCCCAAGGUGUCCAUGAGGAGGAGAUCGGGGACUUUGGUCAUUGACUUCCACAGCGGGGGCCGGCCCGAUGACUACGAGGGCGAGUACCAGUGCUUUGCGAGGAAUGACUUCGGAACGGCCCUUUCCAGCAAAAUCCACCUCCAGGUUUCCAAGUCUCCGCUGUGGCCCAAGGAGAAGGUGGAUGUGAUCGAGGUGGAUGAGGGGGCCCCGCUGAGCCUGCAGUGCAAUCCCCCACCCGGCCUCCCCGAGCCCGUCAUCUUCUGGAUGAGCAGCUCCAUGGAGCCAAUCCCGCAGGACAAGCGCGUGUCCCAGGGUCACAACGGGGACCUUUAUUUCUCCAACGUGCUGGCUCAGGACGCUCUGACCGACUACAGCUGCAACGCCCGCUUCCACUUCACCCACACCAUCCAGCAGAAGAACCCCUACACCCUCAAGGUCAAAACCAAGAAGUCCCAUAACGAAACGUCUUUAGGAAAUUCCCCUGCCAUGUACCGCGCCCGAGGGAUCACAGAAACCACUCCCAGCUUCAUGUAUCCCUACGGAACUUCCAGCAGCCAGAUGGUGCUCCGAGGGGUGGAUCUCCUGCUGGAAUGCAUCGCCUCCGGAGUACCAGCACCGGACAUCAUGUGGUACAAAAAAGGCGGAGACCUCCCGGUUGACAAAACCAAGCUGGAGAAUUUCAACAAGGCCCUGCGCAUCUCUAACGUGUCCGAGGAGGAUUCCGGGGAAUAUUUCUGCCUGGCCUCCAACAAGAUGGGCAGCAUCCGCCACACGAUCUUGGUGAGAGUGAAGGCUGCUCCCUACUGGCUGGAUCAGCCGGAGAACCUGAUCCUGGCCCCCGGCGAGGACGGCAGGCUCGUGUGCCGGGCCAACGGGAACCCCAAACCAUCCAUCCAGUGGCUGGUGAACGGAGAGCCCAUCGAAUCGUCUCCCCCCAACCCGAGCCGGGAGGUGGCCGGGGACACCAUCGUGUUCCGGGACACGCAGAUUGGCAGCAGUGCCGUGUACCAGUGCAACGCGUCCAACGAGCACGGCUACCUGCUGGCCAACGCCUUCGUCAGUGUGCUGGAUGUUCCCCCCCGGAUCCUGGCUCCCCGGAACCAGCUGAUCAGGGUGAUCCAGAACAACAGGACCCGCCUGGAUUGUCCCUUUUUUGGGUCCCCCAUCCCCACCCUGCGCUGGUUUAAGAACGGCCAGGGGAACACGCUGGAUGGAGGCAACUACAAAGCCCACGAGAACGGGAGCUUGGAGAUGUUCAUGGCUCGGAAGGAGGACCAGGGGAUCUACACCUGCGUGGCCACCAACAUCCUGGGGAAAGCUGAGGCCCAGGUCCGCCUGGAGGUCAAAGACCCCACCAGGAUCGUGAGGGGCCCCGAGGACCAGGUGGUCAAGAGGGGCACCAUGCCCAGGCUCCACUGCCGCGUCAAGCACGACCCCACUCUCCGGCUCAUGGUCACCUGGCUCAAGGAUGAUGCCCCCCUGUACCUGGGGAACAGGAUGAAGAAGGAAGAGGAUGGUCUGACGAUCUAUGGUGUGACUGAGAAGGACCAGGGCGAUUACACGUGCGUGGCCAGCACGGAGCUGGACAAGGACGCGGCCAAGGCCUAUCUCACUGUGUUGGCCGUCCCCGCUAAUCGGUUGAGAGAUUUACCCAAAGAACGACCUGACCGGCCCCGGGACUUGGAGCUGACAGACCUGGCCGAGAGGAGCGUGAGGCUGACGUGGAUCCCUGGCGAUGACAACAACAGCCCCAUCACAGACUACAUUGUCCAGUUUGAGGAGGACCGCAUCCAGCCAGGAGUGUGGCACAACCACUCCAGGUAUCCCGGGAGCGUCAACUCGGCCGUGCUGAGCCUCUCGCCGUACGUGAAUUACCAAUUCCGAGUCAUCGCCGUCAACGACGUGGGCAGCAGCGUGCCCAGCCUGCCCUCCGAGCGCUACCAGACCAACGGGGCACGUCCUGAAAUAAAUCCCACGGGAGUUCAAGGGGCGGGGACCCAAAAAAACAACAUGGAGAUAACGUGGACACCUCUGAAUGCAACUCAGGCUUAUGGGCCCAACCUCAGGUACAUCGUGAGGUGGCGGCGGCGGGACCCCCGCGGGAGCUGGUACAACGAGACCGUGCGGAGCGCGCGGCACGUGGUGUGGAACACGCCCAUCUACGUCCCCUACGAGAUCAAGGUGCAGGCCGAGAACGACUUCGGCAGAGCCCCGGAGCCCGACACCUACAUCGGAUAUUCCGGGGAGGAUUAUCCCAAGGCUGCGCCCACGGAUGUCAGGAUCAGAGUCUUAAACAGCACAGCCAUAGCUCUGACCUGGACCCGGGUGCACCUGGACACCAUCCAGGGACAGCUCAAGGAGUACCGAGCCUAUUUCUGGAGAGACAGCAGCUUGCUGAAGAACCUGUGGGUCUCCAAAAAACGGCAGUUUGUGAGUUUUCCUGGAGACCGCAACCGGGGCACCGUGUCCCGGCUGUUCCCUUACAGCAACUACAAGCUGGAGAUGGUGGUGACCAAUGGCCGUGGGGACGGGCCCCGCAGCGAAACGAAGGAAUUCCCCACCCCUGAAGGAGUGCCCAGCUCCCCCAGGUACCUGCGGAUCCGACAGCCCAACCUGGAAAUCAUCAACCUGGAGUGGGAUCACCCCGAGCAUCCCAAUGGGAUCAUCACGGGAUACACCCUCCGAUACCAGCCCUUUAACGGGUCCCAGAUGGGCCGGACGGUGGUGGAGCAUCUGUCCCCCAACCAGACGAGGUUCACCCUGCAGAGGUCAGACCCCAUCUCCCGCUAUCGCUUCGUGCUCCGCGCCCGCACCCAGGUGGGAGAGGGAGAGGCCCUGGUGGAGUCAUCACCGGCACUGCUGGAUGAAGCCACGCCAAGCCCAGGUACCGCAACUGGGCCACCUCCAACUGCAGUGGAGGAAACCAGUCCUGAAACCAGUCCUGAAACCAGUCCUACAACCAGUCCUACAAUCAGUCCUACAACCAGUCCUACAAUCAGUCCUACAACCAGUCCUACAACCACCGACACCACAACCACCACCACAACCACCACCACAACCACAACCACCACCAGCAGCACUGCCGCCAGCACCAGCGCCGCUGCCGAGAGGGCUCCAGCAGCCACCACCAGGCAUGAGUUGGCCUACACCAAGAACCAGGUGGACAUCGCCACGCAGGGCUGGUUCAUCGGCCUCAUGUGCGCCAUCGCCCUCCUCGUGCUCAUCCUCCUCAUCGUCUGCUUCAUCAAGAGGAGCCGCGGCGGGAAGUAUCCGGUGCGGGACAACAAGGACGAGCACCUCAAUCCCGAGGACAAGAACGUGGAGGAUGGAUCCUUCGACUACAGGUCUCUUGAAAGCGAUGAAGACAACAAACCUCUUCCCAACAGCCAGACCUCGCUGGAUGGGACGAUAAAGCAGCAGGAGAGCGACGACAGCUUGGUGGACUACGGAGAAGGGGGAGAGGGCCAGUUCAACGAGGACGGCUCCUUCAUCGGCCAGUACACGGUCAAGAAGGACAAAGAGGAGACCGAGGGCAAUGAGAGCUCCGAGGCCACGUCCCCCGUCAAUGCCAUUUAUUCCUUGGCAUAGCAAAAACACCGGGAAAAAAACUCCCGCAACCCACGGGGUUCGGAGCGGCCGGGGGUUCCGCUGGCAGCCGCCGUCGCCGCUGCCUCCGACAGGAAAGGGAAUCAAGCGAGGACUUAAAAAAAAAAAAAAAAAAAAAAAAAACAAAAAAAAAUAGAGAAAAAAAUAUUAAAAUAGUAAAAAAAAAAUUUAAAAAAAUAAAGGGAAAAAAAAGAAAAAAUUCCAAGCAACCAGGCAGCCCAGGCGGCCGCCGGCGCCAUUUAUCCUUAGCAAUGAGCCAACGGCAAAGAGCGCGCGGGGAGGGAGCCAGAGCAGGAAUCGGGGCUGAGCUGGAGCGGCUGGAGGGAAGGAGAUGCUCGAGCUGCUUCCCAGUUUGGGGUUGCUCCCCAGUUUGGGUCUGCUCCCGUGUUUCAGAGUUGCUCUCCCAUUU